AUGCUCUCCCGACUAUACAGCUACAUCCUCUUCCUCACCAUCCCCCCGAUAGUAGCAGGCGCAGGCACCGGAUCCUCCGACCCCCGAAAAUGCUAUCUCAUGGACGGCAGUUCCGCGCCGGCGCUCUCGCCCUGUCUACCUCUGUCCUCCUCCUCCUCCUCCAACAACAACAACUCAUCCGAAAGCAAAACCACCCACUCCCCCUGCUGCCUCCUCCGUAACACCACCACCAUCGCCUCAUCCUCAUCCUCAAACCAAAACGGAAAGGCAAACUCCGACACCUGCCUCACCCCCUCCGGCCUUUGCCUCUCCAAUCACGGCCUCCUGUACUCAUCCGGCUGCACAGACUCCACCUGGCUCGACCCCGCCUGUCCCUCCAUCUGCCCCGACAACCGCUCAAACUGGACCGGCAAGGCGCUCGAAGGCAAGGAGUGGAGCCAGGGCCAGAUUGUCGAGCAUUGGCAGGUUAUGGUGUGUGCGGCGAAGAGUGUUUGCUGUAGACGGUAUAGUAGUAGUGUGGAUUGUUGCGGGAAUCAGACGGUUAGGGUUAAUGAGGUUGUGGUUGGGGGGCUGUGGGUGGGGUUUUGGGCGCUGGUUCUGGUGGGGACGAUAGUGAUAUUGGGAGAUGUGAGAGUAUAG